CUUAACCUUCCACAAACAAUCUAGAAGAAGUUCAAAGAAGAAAACAAAAUCCUAAUGGAGACCAAACCAAGUACCAAUGUAGUCCUUAUACACUUCAAAAUAUUCAACUCAAUCAUCAAAAUUCACAACAUUUUAUCUAAUGCCUACACUUUUGCGAAAGCUUUUUCAAAGUCCAUCUACAAUAAAUGGAAUCUUAUUUGGAGAAGCAAGAAGCUUCACAACUAUCAACAACUUGAUUCCAAAGAACAAUAUUUCCUCAACUCCAAUUCCUAUAACUCAGACUUGUUCUUGAAUGAACAAAAGAUUUGCAUGAGUGAGCUAGACCUAAACGUGGUGAUGGAUAAGCUUGGCAUUACAUGGGAAGAAGAAGAAGAAAAUAUUGGUACGUAUGGUUUAUUAACAUUGCUAGAUGAGAACCCUAGUUUGGAGGAAGUAAAACAAGUUUUCGACAUGUUUGAUGAGGACAAAAAUGGGUUUAUUGAUGCUUUUGAGCUGCAAAGAGUUCUAUGCAGCUUAGGUAUAAAAGAAGGUUGUGACUUGGAAAAAUGUACAAGGAUGGUCAACGCUUUUGAUGAUAAUGGUGAUGGAGUCAUAGAUUUUACUGAGUUUGCAAAGUUCAUGGAGAAAUCCUUUUUGUACAAUCCUUCCUAAUGUUAGUAUUGCCACUACUAUCUACAUGAGUAUGAUGUUAAUUACAAUAUGUUUAGAAGGAAAUAUUUUGUAUUCAAUUCGGGUUUAUGUUGGCAACAAUUGUUUUCAAUAGUUUUCAUCCCAUAUUUUUUUCACU